AAAAAGCAGAGCAACGCCCAAAUUAAAAACAGGGCAGGGGAAAAAAAAAGCUCGCAGAAGUGAGCUCCCUCCUCCCCCCUCUCUCUCUAUCCGUCUCUCCGCUCGGAGCUCGCACCACCGCCGAACCCUCCUCCGAUCCAAACCCUCCUCGCAUCGUGCCGCAUGCCUCCACGCGCCACGAGGCGGCGGCGCUGCAGCUGACCACCCCACUUGACCAGCCGGGGGGCAGAAAGAGAGAGAGAGACAACCGGACGCGGACGGCAGGCAUGGGCGGCGUCACGUCCACCAUCGCCGCGCGCUUCGCCUUCUUCCCGCCGACGCCGCCGUCCUACACCGUCGUCGUCGCCGACGCCGCCACCGGUCGCCUCGCCAUCCCGGAGAUCUCCCGGGCACCCUCGCGCCGUCGGAGGCGGGACGGCGCCGGCGCCGGGGGCUCCUCCUCGGCCUCCUCCGUCGUCGCGGCCGCCGAGGAGGAGGACGGCGCGGAGGUGGUGCGCCUCCGGACCCGCCGCGGGAACGAGAUCGUGGGGGUCUACGUGCGCCACGCGCGGGCCUCCGCCACCGUGCUCUACUCCCACGGCAACGCCGCCGACCUCGGCCAGAUGUACGGGCUCUUCGUCGAGCUCAGCCGCCGCCUCCGCGUCAACCUCUUUGGGUAUGAUUAUUCUGGUUAUGGGAGAUCUACAGGGAAGCCCACUGAGUGUAAUACAUAUGCAGACAUUGAAGCAGCAUAUAACUGCCUCAAGGAAAAAUAUGGUGUAGCAGAUGAGGAUAUAAUCUUAUAUGGUCAGUCUGUUGGAAGUGGUCCAACCAUUGAUCUUGCUUCGCGGUUGCCAGACUUGCGAGCUGUGGUUUUGCAUAGUCCUAUUUUAUCUGGACUAAGAGUAAUAUAUCCAGUCAAGCGGACGUUUUGGUUUGACAUUUACAAGAACAUCGAUAAAAUUGGCUUGGUAAAUUGUCCGGUGCUUGUCAUUCAUGGUACAUCAGAUGACGUGGUUGACUGCUCCCACGGAAAACAGCUAUGGGAGCACUGCAAAGUAAAAUAUUCUCCACUGUGGUUAAGUGGUGGUGGCCACUGCAAUCUCGAGCUAUAUCCAGAUUACAUUAAGCACUUGAAAAAGUUUGUGUCAAGCGUUAGCAAAAAAGCAUCAUCGAAACCUGACCCAAAAGAAACAACGACAAAGGAUGACACUACCAGUAAAGAAACAGAGGAAGCGUACCCGGAGAAACCUCAAGAGGCCAAGAAGUGCCCGCAGAUCUCGCGAAAGAGCCUGGACAGCCGAUUCGGGAAAUCCAAAACAGUGGAUGUUCCUGAUAAACCACGGAUGAGCUCGGACGACAUCGACAAGUUCCGGAGGAGCAGAUGCUUGGUCUGGUGAUGCCUGUGUUCUGCACAGAUUGUCGAACAGUACCUGAGCGAGGAUACUAUAGCAUGGAAGUCAAGCAACUGUAUUACAUCAUGCUGCGAGGAACGGCAUCAGCGGUUCCUGCAGCGGAGAGGAAAGGACUGUUAAAUAAGAAAAAAAAGAAUCAGGAAGCUACCGUCAGCAUCCAUCAAAGACACAGCUACUUGACUGAAAACUGGUAGUUCCUCAGUUAAUUUAGCACUUACACCGACAACAUGUUUUGCAGCAUCGGUUAGGGUUUCCAUAUUGUAAAAGUGUACCGUUAUUGUCUGUAAUCACGAGGGACCGA